CUCAAGAAGGCAGCCGCCCGGCACCUCUCGCCGCCGCCAUCGGCACGGGCAGGCAGAAUGGAAGCCAACGGCUCCGCAGCCGGCGCCUUCAUAAGCAGCGUGAUGCGCUACAUGCCCGACGGUGCGUCCCACAUCCUCUCGCUGUUCCGUCGCUGUGGCCUCUCGCUCUCGCUCCCGCUCCGUCUCGCUCCGUCUCACGCCCCGUCUCCGUCUCCUCCUGCCGCCUGGUGCUGCCUCAUCUGCCUGGUGCUGAUACCUCCUGCCCGUCAUGGUCCGUCUCUCUCUCCUCGCCUCUCUCCUCUCCCUCUGCGUCGCCGUCUCCGCCCGUCCGGUGUCGGUGCAUGUGACGCUCCCCUCAGCCGCGGGUGCCGCGCUCUCGCGCUUCGCCUUCUUCGGACCCCUCGGCCAGCAGCUGGAACUGCAGGCCUACAUCGACGAGGACGAGCAGAGCUCGGCCGCGUCCGCCAAGACUGUCGUCAUUGCUGUGCACGGUCACGACCGUGAUGCCUGGAACACGUUCUCGCAGGCCAAGAAGGCACGCGACCAGGCCAUCAAGGCCGGUGCGCCCGGGCCCAUCGCCAUCGUCGCCCCCAUGUUCCUCAACGGCGACGACAAGGGCAUGUACGAGGGAAGCAACGGCAAGAACGGCUCUGACCGGCUGCUCGUGUGGAAGGGCGAUGGCUGGGGCCAAGGCCUGCCUGCGCAGUUCCCCGCGGACAAGGCCGGCCAGGGCCCUGACGGCGCUGCUGGCCCCGGCGUCAGCAGCUUCGACGCGCUCGACCGCCUCGGCUCGCACUACGCCGAUACGAACCUCUUUCCCAAGCUCACCAACGUCAUCUACCUCGGCCACUCGAUGGGCGGCCAGCUCAUCCAGCGCUACUCAAUCGUCGGCGGCGGACCUAGCGCGCGCACCGGCCUCAGCGUCAGCUACGUCGUCGCCAACCCCAGCACGUACCUGUGGCUCGACGACAAGCGGCCCGGCGUGCAGUCGCCGGACCAGAACAAGUACAAGUACGGCCUCGACGGCAUGCGCGAGGCGCUCGCCAUCUACGAGCCGGCGCAGCACGACGCUGCCGAGCUCUGGACGCGCUAUGCCACUCGUACGGUGCACUACCUGCACGGCGACGCCGACAACGGCAAGGGCGACGGACGGGCUGCUGCCAUGGCGCAGGGCAAGAACCGCAAGCAGCGUGCGCACAACUGGCACGCCUUCAUCGCCUCGCGCGGCACGCCAGCGGGGCAUACCGAGGACUGGGUGCCCGGCGUCGGGCACGAUGGUGGAGGAAUGUUCGCCUCGACGGCCGGACAGAAGCAAAUCUUCGGCGUGUAGCUGGCGCACAGCUGCAUCGCCUGCACCAACCUUUCCUUUCUCUCGCGCACCUCUUUGACCAGUCUUGAUGACCUCUCACGAACACUCUCGGGCGCCCUAAUACCCCUGCGCCCCCCUUCUUGCCUCCCGGCCGGCUCCGGGAUUGUUGACGCUCGCCUAAUGACAAGAGAAAGACGGA